ACCUUCCUUAUUACCUUACAGGGUGGAUUCUGAUUUUGUACGGGCGUUCCAUCUUUACUUAUUUGCCGAUUCGUUUGCCGCCGGGGCCGACACUUGGACUCGGAGACCGACAGCUAGAUAUCACGAGAAGGGCAGAUCUAUAUCUGCAAUUCAAUUUAUAUAUAUAUAUAUAUAUAUAUAUAUUAUCUAUAUUGUGGUUUGAUAUAUAUAUAUAUAUAUAUAUAUAUAUAUAUAUAUAUAUAUAUAUAUAUUAAGAUUUAGAAUCCACCUCCCUGCCUGCUGCCUCUUUGAAUCCAUCGUCGGUCGCCGGCUACAAGUUUCUCUCCUUUUUGCCGUCCGGCGAAAAGGGUGGUGUCUUGUGGGGGCGAAAUCUGUUGAAGGCCAGCAGGGGCGUCGUAUUUUUGCUUCGAUUAGCGCUUGCUUUUGAGGGGUUUUGAUUUGGGUCUCGGAAAGUUGCAAGGAAGCAAUAUGCGUCUUUAGGUUUUGAUUCAUGGCCGGAAAGGCUAGCUGCUGUGCUUUCUCAUGGCCAAAUUUCAAGAAUGGGCUAUUUUUUUUAUCAGAAUUCAAAUAAGAAAUGAAAUUAUUUAGCAACAAGAAAGGAAGGUAGAAAACAGAUGGGGAAGAUGGACAUCAUCUUUGAGGCCAAAAAAGUUUCUCCGGUGGCACCUCCAUUACCUCCACCAUUGAUGAACUAUCGUAAAAGAAGGUCAGUGCAGGAUGGAUCACCAGCAGGAGGAUACAGCUGUGUCAGUACAGCAACAAGGAAUAUGUGGGACCAGCUCUUUGAUGAAGCUUACAGAGCAGAUGUUUCUAUUAAGACUGAUAAUGGCGAUGUCAUAUAUGCACAUUCCAAUAUACUUGGCAUGGCUUCUCCUGUAAUUAAGAAUAUGUUAAAGACAUCAAGACGCCAAGGACAUCGGUGGUUGAUCCCAAUCCAUGGGGUUCCAACUGAUGCAGUUCGAGUUUUCAUUCGAUUCUUGUACUCUUCAUGCUAUGAGCAAGAGGCAAUGGAGGAGUUUGUCUUGCAUUUAUUGGUACUUUCUCAUGUGUUUGUGAUUCCUGGGUUGAAGCGCUUGUGUGAGCAGCAGCUAGAGGAGGGCUUGCUCUCCACAGAUAAUGUAAUUGAUGUAUUUCAGCUUGCUCUACUGUGUGACGCUCCUCGACUUAGCCUCAUUUGCCACCGUAUGAUACUGAAAAACUUCAAGGCUGUUGCUGAAACUGAAGGAUGGGAAGUGAUGAAGCAGAGCCACCCCGUGCUAGAAAGGGAACUACUUGUGUCAGCAAUUCAUGCCGAUGCUAUGCAAAAGGAAAGGAGAAGGAAGUCACAGGAGAGAAAAAUCUAUCUACAAUUAUAUGAGGCAAUGGAAGCUCUUGUUCAUAUAUGCAGGGAUGGCUGUCGGACAAUAGGCCCCCAUGACAAAAUUUUGAAAGAGGAUCAAGCACCUUGCAAUUUUACCGCCUGCAAAGGGCUCGAGCUGCUUGUGCGUCACCUAGCUGGCUGCAAAAUGAGAGUCCCCAGUGGCUGCAUCCAUUGCAAGAGAAUGUGGCAGCUGCUGGAAUUACAUUCCCGUCUCUGUGCUGAUUCGACAGUGUGCAGGGUUCCUUUGUGCAGUUUAACAAGCAGAAAGCAAGCAAAAGAUGAAAAUAUCCACCAUUAUUGUUGAUGGCAUCUAGCAAAGUAUUGACCAUCUUUCCAUCUGAAUCAUUCCACUAAAACUCAAGGGCAUUUUGGCUUUUCAGAAACUUUAAGGAGAGGAUAAAGAAGCAGGGAAAGAAGGACGAGAUAAAGUGGAAAAUUCUGGUCAGAAAUAUGUUGAGAGCAAAAAGCAUUUCAGGUGCACCGUUCUUCUCAGCAGCAAUAGCUACCUCUCCAUAAAAGAAAAGAAGCACCUUCUCAGUUGUACAUUUGUUGUAAUUGCCUGUACUUGAAAGGGAAAGCCCUGCCCAAGAACUGGUGCUGUUGCUUUGUAUCACAACUUGCAAUUACAGCAAGCAAAGAAUGAGAAUCACUUGCUCCCUGACAUACCCUUUUUUGUGAAAACUCCUAGAAUCUGCAAAAAUAAAAGUUGUUUCAAUGAA